AUGGCGCAGGAGCCUCCUCCUUACUCGUCACGUCGUCAACCGCGCUCCGCGCUUCCGCCUUAUCUUGCCAAUUAUGCGUCUGCGUCUACCGAUUCUUAUUCAACUCUCAAUUCGUUUCGCUGUCGGCACCAAUACUCGUUGGAAACAAGCAAACGACGCCCUUGGGUCACGCUGUCUGUACAUAGUCGUUCACCUCACUCCAAUCUACUCCCUCUCUUUUUCGAGCACGAUGUCAUAUGUGGUUCAGUAUCACUUGAUCUGGUCAAGCCUGACGGCAUUCGGGGGGUCAAUAUCACGCUCCAAGCAGGUACAACUACCCUGGGGCACCAGCCCGAGGUGUUUCUCGAGACAACUCAGACGCUUUGGUCCCAGUCCUCAGGCAAGCUGCAAGGUUCUUAUGCAUGGACUUUUUCCAUAUCUAUCCCCUCUACCGUAACAAUGACCGAGGGCCGCAACACUCCCCAUCGCACAUAUCCCCUACCCCCUCGAUUCUCAGAAAGGGGCAGUGUUGCUCACAUCGAUUACAAAAUCAUAGUCACGAUCCGUCGUGGUAUGCUAGCCGUUAACAGCACCUCAUUCCAGAAGUUUAGUUUAGGGACAAAUUUCGUAUACCUACCCAAGUCUGUUGCGGAGCCGCCAUCUGCCCUCCGCACAAUCGCUUAUCGGGAAGGAACAUCGCUGAUCGGACCCAUGAAUGAUCCCGAAGGCUGGAAGGUUCUCGAUGUAAUUGAAGUCAAGGGCAGUCUUUAUGCGUCCAAAGCUGUCUCCGUACGAUGCACUCUCGCUAUUGCUGCUCCACUUUGUUACGCAACUAAUACAUCUGUUCCACUACACUUGGCCAUGGAGAGCAUCGACCCCGUAGCAGUCGAUAUUCUCUCAAGACCUCAAGUAAUCGUGGUUCGCUUGGUCCGCACACUUGCCAUUCACGACAAUUCGAUGCUUCAUGCCUCUAAUUCAUUCGACGAUUAUAUGGGACGCGCUGUUUUUUGGCCUACCGACGAUCGCACGUCACAACCUGGCCAUAGGACUUUAUGGGGAGAGUUGCACCUCAAGAAGGGAUUGAAGCCGAGCUUUAUAUUUCGAGAGAUUUCCCUCCAAUACGCUAUCGCUCUUUAUCCUUUUCAAGUUGUUGGCUUCAAUCCUGCAUCACCGCAUCGUCCUCUAUCUUCGCAGCAAGUGACCAUCGCUCUCGUCAAUCCUCCUGACAUCCGAUUCAGGUCAUAUGCACCUCCAAGGCUAGUAGCCGAAUCGGAUGCAGAUUUCAUUGGUAGUCCCAAUCGUAGAUUUCAUUUCACCGGAGAUAUGGACACUUACACUAUGCAUUAA